AUGGAAGUGCUCAAAGAGCACCCCGGAGUAUGUCCCUUGAGGGAAGAGGUGAAAACCCUUGCUCCCUGCAACGACACCUGCAGCGAUGACCGAGACUGCCUGCCCAACCAGAAGUGCUGCUUCAACGGCUGCAGCCUUAGUUGCCUGGACUCAGUGCGCAGGAAGGAGUGCCGAUUACCGGCUGAGAGGGGACCUUGUACAAUGGCCUUUGUACGUUAUUACUAUAACGUUGAUCAAAAGAGAUGCAUACAGUUCACUUAUGGUGGCUGCCAUGGAAACAGCAACAACUUUGAGACCAAGGAAGAAUGCAAGAAGUCCUGUGGGAAAAUCACUCCAG